AUGUGGAAGGUGGUGCUCCUGGGUCUGUACACAGCAUUGGCUGUGAGAGGAUUGGCAAAGGCUGCUCCUUUCCAACCAGAAGAAAAAUGGAAACCGCUAGAUAACCCUAGAAACAGAGACCUGUUUUUCAGAACGCUCCAGGCUUAUUUUUCGGGCAGGGGUCUUGAUCUCAGAAAGUUCCCAGCUACUUUCACUAUGAACAAUGAAGGACCAAGGCCUGUCAUGUUCUACUCAGAUCCUAUUGCUUCUGCAUUUGCAGAUUAUGAAGAAAGGAGAAAUUCUUUUCCAAGUCAUUUCAAAGGCUGA